GCGAGCUGGUCGUCUCCACCCUUUUCCCUCCCUUGCCCUUUGGGCCCCGCCGUGUGUGGCUCGCUUGCCUCAAGCCCCUUGGUCCGGCCGGGACCUCCCCUUGUGCCGCUCCCGACCUAUGGCAGAGGCCUGGGAGGAUGCGGCAAAGGAAAUUGAAGUCAAGGGACUCUGGCCGUUUCUGGAAUCGGGGUCUUGAAGUGCUGCUCAUGGAUUAACCAGACUGAAUGGUGUAGGGGUGAACAGGGUGCGUUUCAUUCAGAUGCUUCUGGGCCGUCGAAAUUAUCUCCUUUGGAAAGAACCAUCCCCUCUUUGGGCUUCAGAGACCCAAAUUGAGGCGCAAUGAUGAGACGAUGUGGUGGUCCACUCUGAUGUCAAUCUUGAGGGCUAGUGCCCAGAAGUGCGUCCUGGACGAAUAUUUGUGAAAUGAGCAAGUAAAGGCAAAGGUAUGGAUGAAGUCACUCAGGCAAAAUGUAUAAGUUCUUUUUGGAAGUGGAUAUCUGCUCAGACAGUAAGAAUCAUAAGAGCUCUGAGAGCUCAUUUUGAAGAAAUAAUGGAUGAACCAUCCCACUUGGCCAAACCUUUGGAGCUAAACCAGCACUCCCGAUUCAUAAUUGGUUCUGUGUCUGAAGAUAACUCAGAGGAUGAGAUCAGCAACCUGGUGAAGCUGGACCUCCUGGAGGAGAAGGAAGGUUCUUUGUCACCAGCUUCUGUCAGCUCAGACACACUCUCUGAUGUGGGAAUCUCUGGCCUACAGGAUGGCUUGGCCUUACAUGUGAGGUCCAGCAUGUCUGGCUUGCACCUAGUAAAGCAAGGUCGAGACCGAAAGAAAAUAGACUCACAGAGAGAUUUCACUGUAGCUUCUCCAGCAGAAUUCGUUACUCGUUUUGGGGGGAAUAAAGUGAUUGAGAAGGUUCUUAUUGCCAACAAUGGCAUUGCAGCAGUGAAAUGCAUGCGGUCUAUCCGUCGGUGGUCUUAUGAGAUGUUUCGAAAUGAACGUGCAAUCCGAUUUGUUGUCAUGGUCACACCUGAGGAUCUUAAAGCCAAUGCAGAGUACAUUAAGAUGGCAGAUCACUAUGUGCCAGUGCCAGGAGGACCAAACAACAACAACUAUGCAAAUGUGGAAUUAAUUCUUGAUAUUGCUAAAAGGAUCCCAGUACAAGCAGUGUGGGCUGGCUGGGGUCAUGCUUCUGAGAAUCCCAAGCUCCCAGAACUUCUUUUGAAAAAUGGCAUCGCCUUCAUGGGUCCACCAAGCCAGGCCAUGUGGGCUCUGGGGGAUAAGAUUGCAUCUUCCAUAGUGGCUCAAACUGCAGGCAUCCCAACUCUCCCCUGGAGUGGCAGUGGUCUUCGUGUGGACUGGCAAGAAAGUGAUUUUUCAAAACGUAUUUUAAAUGUUCCCCAGGAACUCUAUGAAAAAGGCUAUGUGAAGGAUGUGGAUGACGGGCUAAAGGCAGCAGAGGAAGUUGGGUAUCCAGUAAUGAUCAAGGCCUCAGAAGGAGGAGGAGGAAAGGGAAUCAGAAAAGUCAAUAAUGCGGAUGACUUCCCUAACCUCUUCAGACAGGUUCAAGCUGAAGUCCCUGGCUCUCCUAUAUUUGUGAUGAGACUAGCAAAGCAAUCUCGUCAUCUGGAGGUGCAGAUCUUGGCAGAUCAGUAUGGCAAUGCUAUCUCUUUGUUUGGUCGCGAUUGCUCCGUACAGCGCAGGCAUCAGAAGAUUAUUGAAGAGGCACCUGCUGCUAUCGCUACUCCAGCAGUAUUUGAACAUAUGGAGCAGUGUGCGGUGAAACUUGCCAAAAUGGUUGGCUAUGUGAGUGCGGGGACUGUAGAAUACCUUUACAGCCAGGAUGGCAGCUUCUACUUUCUGGAACUGAACCCUCGGCUACAGGUGGAGCACCCUUGUACAGAGAUGGUGGCUGAUGUCAACCUCCCUGCAGCACAACUCCAGAUUGCCAUGGGGAUCCCUCUAUACAGAAUCAAGGAUAUUCGUAUGAUGUAUGGGGUAUCUCCCUGGGGUGAUGCUCCCAUUGAUUUUGAAAAUUCUGCUCAUGUUCCUUGUCCAAGGGGCCAUGUUAUUGCUGCUCGGAUCACUAGUGAAAAUCCAGAUGAGGGUUUUAAGCCCAGCUCAGGAACAGUUCAGGAACUGAACUUCCGCAGCAAUAAGAACGUCUGGGGUUAUUUCAGUGUUGCUGCUGCAGGGGGACUUCAUGAGUUUGCUGAUUCUCAGUUUGGUCACUGUUUCUCCUGGGGAGAAAACAGAGAGGAAGCAAUUUCAAACAUGGUGGUGGCUUUGAAGGAGCUGUCUAUUCGAGGUGACUUUCGAACUACUGUUGAAUACCUGAUCAAAUUAUUGGAGACUGAAAGCUUUCAGUUGAAUAGAAUUGACACUGGCUGGCUGGACAGACUGAUAGCAGAAAAAGUACAGGCAGAGCGACCUGACACCCUGUUGGGAGUUGUCUGUGGGGCUCUCCAUGUGGCUGAUGUGAGCCUGCGGAAUAGCAUCUCUAACUUCCUUCACUCCUUGGAAAGGGGUCAAGUCCUUCCUGCUCAUACACUUCUGAACACUGUAGAUGUUGAACUUAUCUAUGAGGGAGUCAAAUAUGUCCUUAAGGUGACUCGGCAGUCCCCUAACUCCUAUGUGGUGAUCAUGAACGGCUCCUGUGUGGAGGUGGAUGUGCAUCGGCUGAGUGAUGGAGGACUGCUCUUGUCCUAUGAUGGCAGCAGUUAUACCACGUACAUGAAGGAAGAAGUGGAUAGAUAUCGCAUCACGAUUGGCAAUAAAACCUGUGUGUUUGAGAAGGAGAAUGACCCUUCAGUGAUGCGGUCACCUUCUGCUGGGAAGUUAAUCCAGUACAUUGUGGAGGACGGAGGCCAUGUGUUUGCUGGCCAGUGCUAUGCUGAGAUUGAGGUGAUGAAGAUGGUAAUGACUUUAACAGCUAUAGAGUCUGGCUGUGUUCAUUACGUCAAGCGGCCUGGAGCAGCUCUUGAUCCGGGCUGUGUAAUAGCCAAAAUGCAGUUGGAUAACCCCAGCAAGGUCCAGCAGGCUGAGCUUCACACCGGUAGUCUGCCACAGAUCCAGAGCACAGCACUUCGAGGCGAGAAGCUCCAUCGAGUGUUCCACUAUGUCUUGGAUAAUCUGGUCAACGUGAUGAAUGGAUACUGCCUUCCAGAUCCUUUCUUUAGCAGCAGGGUAAAAGACUGGGUAGAGCGGUUGAUGAAGACCCUCAGAGAUCCCUCCUUACCUCUCCUAGAAUUGCAAGAUAUCAUGACCAGUGUCUCUGGCCGCAUACCCCCCAACGUGGAGAAGUCUAUUAAGAAGGAAAUGGCUCAGUAUGCUAGCAACAUCACAUCAGUCCUCUGUCAGUUUCCCAGCCAGCAGAUUGCCAACAUCCUAGAUAGCCAUGCAGCUACACUGAACCGGAAAUCUGAACGGGAAGUCUUCUUCAUGAACACUCAGAGUAUCGUCCAGCUGGUACAGAGGUACCGAAGUGGCAUCCGAGGCCACAUGAAGGCUGUGGUGAUGGAUCUGCUGCGGCAGUACCUGCGAGUGGAGACGCAGUUCCAGAAUGGUCACUAUGACAAAUGUGUGUUCGCCCUUCGGGAGGAGAAUAAGAGUGACAUGAACGCUGUACUGAACUAUAUCUUCUCUCACGCUCAAGUCACCAAGAAGAAUCUUCUGGUCACAAUGCUUAUUGACCAGUUGUGUGGCCGGGACCCUACUCUCACUGAUGAGCUACUGAAUAUCCUCACAGAGCUAACUCAACUCAGUAAGACCACCAAUGCCAAAGUGGCACUUCGAGCACGCCAGGUUCUUAUUGCCUCUCAUUUGCCAUCAUAUGAGCUUCGCCAUAACCAAGUAGAGUCUAUCUUCCUAUCAGCUAUUGACAUGUACGGACAUCAGUUUUGUAUUGAGAACCUGCAGAAACUCAUCUUGUCUGAAACGUCUAUCUUUGAUGUCUUACCAAACUUCUUCUAUCACAGCAACCAGGUAGUGAGGAUGGCAGCUCUGGAGGUGUAUGUUCGAAGGGCUUAUAUUGCCUAUGAACUUAACAGCGUACAGCACCGCCAGCUUAAGGACAGCACCUGCGUGGUGGAAUUCCAGUUCAUGCUGCCCACGUCCCAUCCAAACAGAGGGAACAUCCCCACGCUAAACAGAAUGUCCUUCUCCUCCAACCUCAACCACUAUGGCAUGACUCAUGUAGCUAGUGUCAGCGAUGUGCUGCUGGACAACUCAUUCACUCCACCGUGUCAGCGGAUGGGCGGAAUGGUCUCUUUUCGGACUUUUGAAGAUUUUGUCAGGAUCUUUGAUGAAGUGAUGGGCUGCUUCUGUGAUUCCCCACCCCAAAGCCCCACAUUCCCUGAGGCGGGUCACACAUCUCUAUACGAUGAAGACAAGGUCCCCAGGGAUGAACCAAUUCACAUUCUCAAUGUGGCUAUCAAGACUGACGGUGAUAUUGAGGAUGACAGGCUGGCAGUGAUGUUCAGAGAGUUUACCCAGCAAAAUAAAGCUACUCUGGUUGAGCAUGGAAUCCGGCGCCUUACUUUCCUGGUUGCACAAGAGGAUUUCAGGAAACAGAUCAGCUAUGAGGUGGAUCAGAGAUUUCAUAGAGAAUUCCCUAAAUUUUUCACAUUCCGAGCAAGGGAUAAGUUUGAGGAGGAUCGUAUCUAUCGUCACUUGGAGCCCGCCCUUGCCUUCCAGUUAGAGCUGAACCGGAUGAGAAAUUUUGACCUUACUGCCAUUCCAUGUGCUAAUCACAAGAUGCACCUGUAUCUUGGGGCAGCCAAAGUGGAAGUGGGCACAGAAGUGACAGACUAUAGGUUCUUUGUCCGUGCAAUCAUCAGACAUUCUGAUCUGGUCACCAAGGAAGCUUCUUUUGAAUAUCUGCAAAACGAAGGGGAACGGCUGCUCCUGGAAGCCAUGGAUGAGUUGGAAGUUGCUUUUAAUAAUACAAAUGUCCGUACCGACUGCAACCACAUCUUCCUCAACUUUGUGCCCACAGUCAUCAUGGACCCAUCAAAGAUUGAGGAAUCUGUGCGGAGCAUGGUAAUGCGCUAUGGAAGUCGGCUGUGGAAAUUACGCGUCCUCCAGGCAGAACUGAAAAUCAACAUUCGCCUGACACCAACUGGAAAAGCAAUUCCCAUUCGCCUCUUCCUGACAAACGAGUCUGGCUAUUACUUGGACAUCAGCCUAUACAAAGAAGUGACUGACUCCAGGACAGCACAGAUCAUGUUUCAAGCGUAUGGAGACAAACAGGGACCAUUACAUGGAAUGUUAAUCAACACUCCCUAUGUGACCAAAGACCUGCUUCAAUCAAAGAGGUUCCAGGCACAGUCCUUAGGGACAACAUACAUAUAUGAUAUCCCAGAGAUGUUUCGACAGUCCUUGAUCAAACUCUGGGAAUCUAUGUCCACUCAAGCAUUCCUUCCUUCACCCCCUCUGCCUUCUGACAUGCUGACGUACACCGAACUCGUGUUGGACGAUCAAGGCCAGCUGGUCCACAUGAACAGGCUUCCAGGAGGAAAUGAGAUUGGCAUGGUAGCUUGGAAGAUGACCCUUAAAAGUCCUGAAUAUCCAGAAGGUCGAGAUAUCAUUGUUAUUGGCAAUGACAUCACAUACCGAAUUGGGUCCUUUGGGCCCCAGGAGGAUUUGCUGUUUCUCAGAGCUUCUGAGCUUGCCAGGGCAGAGGGGAUCCCACGCAUCUAUGUAGCAGCCAACAGUGGAGCAAGAAUUGGACUGGCAGAGGAAAUUCGUCAUAUGUUUCAUGUGGCCUGGGUAGAUCCUGAGGAUCCUUACAAGGGAUUCAAAUAUUUAUACCUGACCCCUCAAGAUUAUAAGAGAGUCAGUGCUCUCAACUCUGUCUAUUGUGAACACGUGGAGGAUGAAGGAGAAUCCAGGUACAAGAUAACCGAUAUUAUUGGGAAGGAAGAGGGACUUGGAGCAGAGAACCUUCGAGGUUCUGGAAUGAUUGCUGGGGAAACCUCGUUGGCCUAUGAUGAGAUCAUCACCAUUAGCCUGGUUACGUGCCGAGCCAUUGGAAUUGGUGCUUACCUUGUCCGGCUGGGACAGAGAACCAUCCAGGUUGAAAAUUCUCACUUAAUUCUGACAGGAGCCGGGGCCCUCAACAAAGUUCUCGGGCGGGAAGUCUAUACCUCCAAUAACCAGCUCGGCGGCAUCCAGAUCAUGCACAACAAUGGGGUGACCCACAGCACUGUUUGUGAUGACUUCGAGGGGGUUUUCACUGUCCUGCACUGGCUGUCUUACAUGCCUAAGAGUGUAAACAUUUCAGUUCCCAUCCUGAAUUCCAAGGAUCCUAUAGAUAGAAUCAUCGAGUUUGUUCCCACAAAGACCCCGUAUGAUCCUCGAUGGAUGCUGGCAGGCCGUCCUCACCCAACCCAGAAAGGUCAAUGGUUAAGUGGAUUUUUUGACUAUGGGUCUUUCUCAGAAAUCAUGCAACCUUGGGCGCAGACUGUGGUGGUUGGCAGAGCCAGACUAGGAGGAAUACCCGUGGGAGUAGUUGCUGUAGAAACCCGGACAGUGGAACUGAGUAUCCCAGCUGAUCCUGCAAACCUGGAUUCUGAAGCCAAGAUAAUCCAGCAAGCUGGCCAGGUUUGGUUCCCAGACUCUGCGUUUAAGACCUAUCAGGCCAUCAAGGACUUCAACCGUGAAGGGCUGCCCCUGAUGGUCUUUGCUAACUGGAGAGGCUUCUCUGGUGGGAUGAAAGAUAUGUACGACCAAGUGCUGAAAUUCGGUGCUUACAUCAUUGAUGGCUUACGGGAGUGCUCUCAGCCUGUGAUGAUUUACAUCCCUCCUCAGGCCGAGCUUCGGGGAGGCUCCUGGGUCGUGAUUGACCCCACCAUCAACCCCCGGCACAUGGAGAUGUACGCUGACCGAGAAAGCAGGGCAUCAGUUCUGGAGCCAGAAGGGACAGUAGAAAUCAAAUUCCGAAGAAAGGAUCUGGUGAAAACCAUGCGUCGGGUGGACCCAGUCUACAUCCACUUGGCUGAGCGAUUGGGUACCCCGGAGCUCAGUACUGCUGAGCGGAAGGAGCUGGAGAACAAGCUGAAGGAGCGGGAGGAAUUCCUAACUCCCAUUUACCAUCAGGUAGCCGUGCAGUUUGCUGACUUGCACGACACCCCAGGCCGGAUGCAGGAGAAGGGUGUCAUUAACGACAUCCUGGACUGGAAGACAUCCCGCACCUUCUUCUACUGGCGGCUGAGGCGCCUCCUGCUGGAGGACCUGGUCAAGAAGAAGAUCCACAAUGCCAACCCCGAGCUGACCGAUGGCCAGAUCCAGGCCAUGCUAAGGCGCUGGUUUGUGGAAGUGGAAGGCACGGUGAAGGCCUACGUUUGGGACAACAACAAGGACCUGGUGGAGUGGCUGGAGAAGCAGCUGACAGAGGAGGACGGGGUUCGCUCAGUCGUAGAGGAAAACAUCAAGUAUAUCAGCAGAGACUACGUCCUCAAGCAGAUCCGCAGCUUGGUCCAGGCCAACCCAGAGGUCGCCAUGGAUUCCAUCGUCCACAUGACCCAGCACAUCUCCCCCACGCAGCGAGCAGAAGUCGUCCGGAUCCUCUCCACGAUGGACCCCCCCUCCACGUAGGGGAGGCUUCCUGCCCACCCUGCCCCGCCUCCCAGAGAAGGGCUGGCGCUGCCUCUCACCACUGAGCCACCAUCACUGAUGAGAAGGCACAGGAGACCCAACACUGGAAUCAAAGUGGCGUUUUGCUUCCCCUCGAACACUUUCAGGUUCUGCAUGACACACCGGGAUAGAGGGUCAUGAAGCCUGGCUCCAGCCCACCGGUCACAUCUGCCCGACCUGUGCAGUAUUAACUACCCUGGCGGGGAUGGCAGUCCUCUCUGCCCGCACACACCUGAGAAGGCAAUGAAGGGUACACCGUACCACGAGGCCUUCCUACACAAAAGCAAGCCACCCCUCCUGUCCUGCAGCGCCAUAGUCCCAGCCCGGGGAUGUGCCAGGCAGGCAGUGCCCACCCGUGCCCCCGGCCCCAUGAGCCUGCAGCACAGGCAGCAGGGGAGGGCUGGGCUGGGGGCGGGGGGAAGCCGCGAGUCCGUGGCUUCCUUGCCCCAUGUUCAGCCUGGCACAUACUGGGCACUGGAGAGGACCCACUCCCAGGCCGAGCACAAUAAGGUACCUAUUUAUGAAGAAAAACAGACUACAGACUCUGCAAGCUCCGUGGGAACUCGAAGGUGAGGGCAAAAGCAUGGUCCUAGGAGCAGGGAAAGAACACAGACCCAGUCACUGUUGCAGAUCAGGGGCCUCAACCUUGAAUUCAGUUCUCGUAAAACAAAUGGAAAGACGGUGACCUGCACCACCCGGCAUGGCACACCGGACGGCCAGGGUGCGGGAGGCCCCAGCCUCCUCCCAGGGCCCCACAGGCAGUGCUGGAGCUGAGCUGGCAGAGGUGGUGGCAGGGGUGGAGUGGGAGAAUUGCCCUCUCCGUGGCUGAUGGAAAGUAGCAGGGACGGUGGGCCGAACAGUCUUUCUUUUAGGACUUGGGAGGCUGUUGCUAUUGAGCCUGGAGCUCUGAUGGUCCCCAGAGGUCCAUAGUGCCUGCAGAGUCGCUCCUCUGUCUCCAGGGCGACUCUCCCAGCAUCUCUAGCCCUCCUGCACGCCGGCCAUCUUCCCGGAGUGUGCAGCAGGGCUCCCCGCAGCUGCUGGCAGGAACCCUGGUGACAUCUGUGCUCUCGGCACCAGGACUACAGAAUCCACGUGACCUUAAGCUUACCUACGACUCCCUCAUGGUGCUGCUGUCUUUCUUCCAGGCUCCCUGGUCCCUCCCCGGCCAGCAGCAGGAGCCUCCUCAUGGGUGGUGGUAAAGCAUUUAUUUAGAUUCAGCAACCAGUUUAGUCAAGGAAAGGGCUUACUGAUUCCCCCAAAGCAAGAGUGGCAGGCGGUCGGGGCUGGGGUGGCAUCUGGUUCCCACAGUGCAGCUGAUUGCCUUUGUCACUGACGACCACGGAGGAAAUCACCAGGAUGCUGGAGACACUGGUGUGAAUACUGGUGUACGAGCUGCAGCCUUGAGCCUUAACCCUGCAGCUCACACACAGGAGCGAGCUGCACGUCUCCCCCUCUGGGAGCUGUGUGUGCGGACCGCACUGUGUGGCGGACGUGGCCCGCCGGCCCCGGGAGCUCCAAGCCGAGGCCGCCUUGCUUCAAGGUGCGCAUGUUUGGCACCACCGGAGAAGGGCGGGGAAAGGUCGGGGACGAUUUCCAGGCCAGGAAGAAGCCUCUAUUUGUUACUAGUGCCUGCGUAGCCAGUAAGAAUUGACUUCCUCUUGGCCUGGACUGUUCCUCGACACUUCCCUGCAGUAAAUACAGCUCCCCGCACCGCCGGCCGUUGUGACUGUCCUGGACGCCCCGGCUGGCCGGCCCGCGCCUGCGCCCGCCCCGGCACCCACACGCCGUCACAGGCGGUCACGCUCGUCCACUCGCCCCACUCUGUCCACCAAACCGUGAAACACUAAACAAAUCCGUGUCUGCUCCAGAGCCCCGUAGUGCCUGUUCCUCCGUCUCCAGAGCGCUUCUUAGUAAGCCUUGCCCUGGACAAGGGUUUUCACAUGGAGAAGUCCGAGGGAGCCACACAACGCGAGCGAUCUGGUGUUCGCGCAGCCGUCUCACGCGCAGGGCCCCUGAGGCGGGGAGUGUAAGUGGCGCCUUGACCAAGACUCGCGAGAGCUGGGGUCGCAUGCUGUCUGCCCUCCUCGUUCCCAAAGCAGCCGUCACUCGUCUCUGAGGAUUCGCUGGCCACGCAUUCUGACGAGCGAGGAGCUUCAGGCAGACGUAUUCCUUCCACGUUUUGCUGAAAUAAACCACCACCUUUGUAGAAGA